AUACGCCUUUGGUUUCUAUUGUUAUCAGUUUUUUACAUUGCAUUUGUUUAUAAAACACUUUAGAAUUUUACAACAAACCCACCCAAGAAAUUAUUAAAUUUAACAAAAUAAUAAUAAAAAAUGGCAUCAAUUAAGCAAUACAUUGUAUUGCUGGCAGCAAUGUCCUCCUUUGUAUACACUCUUUAUGUAGUGACACAUUUGGUACACUUUUUAUCGGCACCCCGUAGAACAUCAAAAAUCUACACCUGGGUCUUUAAUCUAUUGGACAAUAAAUCACGUUUAGAAACUGCCUAUGGACCCAUGGUAUUCAAUACUCUCUACUUGAUCUUAUUUAUAUUCCAACAUAGUUUUAUGAAAUCAUCCUUGGUAAAGAAACUUUUGCAAAGUAUUGGUUUGGCCUCGGCCGAACGGGCUAUUUAUAGUCUGACAUCAUCGUUAUGUUUACAUUAUCUAAUGAAAAACUGGUUGACUGCUUCCUCUAUCAUAGUGUGGCAAGUUGAUGUUGAUUCGAAUAAAUGGUUGUGGUGGUCAUUUGUUUUGCUGCAUGCCCUAGCCUGGCUAAUAAUAUGUGGUGGCAGUAUGAUUAUGGAUUUACCCGAGAUAGUGGGUAUUAAACAGGCUUAUUACGACAUGAAAUGUUAUGCUCAACCUUUGGCCUAUAAAUCCUUCGAAUUGAGACAUUUAUUUAAUCAUAUCAGACAUCCCUCGUUUGUUGGUUUCACUGUCAUCUUCUGGGCCACUAAUCUUAUGACUUUGGAUCGUCUAUUGUUGGCUGUUCUAUUGACAGCCUAUAUGUAUUUUGCCUGGUCCACCGAUCACAGUGAUUUAAUUUAUCAAAAAUGUCAAUUACAACGUAAAAAGGAAGAAUUGAAAUCUCAAUAAAUACAUUAUUUUCAUGAAUUUAUAAACAAACAUUUUUGCAUAGUUUUGCU